UUGAUGUCAAUGUCAAAUCUGACAUUCGGUCGGCCGCCGAUCUCGAGGGUUCUGAUUUUGUAAUAAUUCCACUAUUCCUAGCAAUCGGUAUAUUUAGAACUAAUAAGAAUGAGUUACAAAUUUGUAAAACUUGCCUCGACGCCGCUAAUGAGUAGCAGUCUUCGGCUGACGUCCCGUGCUUAUGCGACAACACAUGAUGCCGACCUUGUAGUCAUAGGCUCGGGCCCUGGGGGUUACGUUGCUGCUAUCAAGGCGGCUCAACUAGGUUUGAAGACAAUUUCAGUAGAGAAGGACCCAACCCUCGGUGGAACAUGUCUGAACGUCGGCUGCAUCCCCUCCAAAGCGCUGCUUCACAACUCCCAUCUGUACCAUAUGGCAAAACACGAUUUCAAGAACCGAGGCAUUGAAACUGGCCCGGUUAAUUUUAACUUCCAAAAAAUGAUGGAAUAUAAGGUUAAUGCUGUAAAACAGUUGACUGGAGGCAUUGCCAUGCUCUUCAACAAAAAUAAGGUGAAACUAGUAAAAGGCGUGGGGUCGAUAGCAGCGCCAAACAAGGUGGAAGUGAAGGGUGAGAAGGGUGUGGAAACCAUCAACACCAAGAACAUUCUUAUUGCGACCGGAUCAGAAGUUACCCCGUUCCCUGGAGUCACGUUUGACGAGAAGCAAAUCAUUACGUCAACGGGCGCUCUAUCUUUGGAAUCCGUGCCGAAGAAAAUGUUGGUGAUCGGUGCUGGAGUCAUCGGUCUUGAACUUGGCUCAGUCUACUCAAGGCUGGGGGCCACCGUCACUUGCAUCGAAUUCCUAGGAUCCAUUGGAGGUGUGGGUAUUGAUCAGGAAGUGGCGAAGACACUUCAAAAGAUACUGGUUAAGGAGGGAAUGCAGUUUAAAUUGAACACUAAGGUGAUUAGUGUCAAGAAAGAGGGCGCCAACGUAAAAGUCGAAGUCGAAGCUUCUAAGGGAGGCUCCAAGGAGACUUUGGAAGCGGACGUAGUACUUAUCUCUAUCGGUCGUCGACCGUACACCAAGGACCUUGGCCACGAGAAGGUCGGCAUCGCGCUGGACGACCGCGGACGAGUGCCCGUCAAUAACAAGUUCCAGACCACUGUUCCUGGAAUUUACGCUAUUGGUGAUGUUAUUCACGGGCCCAUGUUGGCGCAUAAAGCUGAAGACGAAGGCAUUGUUUGCGUCGAAGGCAUCAAGGGCUUACCAGUACACUUCAACUACGACGCCAUUCCCUCCGUCAUCUACACGAGUCCUGAAGUCGGCUGGGUGGGCAAAUCAGAAGAGGACCUCAAGAAGGAGGGCAUAGCAUACAAAGUGGGCAAAUUCCCCUUCCUGGCCAACUCGAGAGCGAAAACGAACGGCGAGCCGGAAGGCUUCGUCAAAGUACUAGCUGACAAAAAGACAGACGUUAUUCUCGGCACACAUAUCAUUGGACCCGGUGGUGGUGAGCUGAUCAACGAAGCUGUGUUGGCGCAAGAGUACGGCGCAGCGGCCGAGGAUGUCGCGCGAGUGUGCCAUGCACAUCCCACAUGCGCGGAAGCCCUGCGUGAAGCGAAUCUGGCGGCGUACUGUGGGAAACCCAUCAACUUCUAAGACAUCUAGGCUAGGCUUAACGCAGGUCCGACGUAAGGAAUCUUGUAUGAAUCUGAAGCGAAUUUUAUUCGAUAAUUCAUUAAUGUCGUGUUGUAAUUAUCAUUGACUCGUUCAUAAAACAGUGUAUUUGAGCAGAAAAGAAUGUGGAACAUUAUUUAUUACUAGUUUGUGAUACGCAUGUUUCUUUAUAGCAAAUUUAUUUCUUAACAAUGUUUUUUGUUAUCGCAAUUUCAUUCCGUUCGUAAGGAGACCUAACAGCUCUUGCAUUUACUGCAAGUUGUAUACUCAAUGUUCUUGGGAUAUUUAUUUUCUUUUGUAAAUAGAUUUACAUAAUACAAUUUCGUUAUGUAUAAAACUUA